AUGAAUCAUCAAGCAUUCUUUGGAACAGUGAUCAAAAGAAAUUCUAAACAAUUAAAUUCAAAAAGAGGGGAAGAGUAUUUCAAUAAUAAGUUAUUUGCAAAUGAAAAUCUAAGAAAAAUCUAAUUACCAAAAUAACUUACUUAACAAUAUUGUUUCCCAUUAGAGUAAGGAGUACAUGGUACAAGGUUGGAAACUAAAUCUCCCUCAAAAUAAUUUAAAGAAUCUAAUAAUUCUAAAUAAAAUAUUGAAAAUACACCAUUUUUACCUGAAACUUUAAAGUUUUCCUAUAAUCAGCAAUUCUUAGCUCAAGAUUUAUCUCCCUUGAUAAAAAUAAGAAGAUGUUAAAUUGAUAAAGGUAGUUAGAAUAAAAAAUUAUUAACACUAAAUUAGUAGUGUUUUACAUUUAUAGCUAAUAAAAGAAUACGAGCAUAAUCAUUUAAUGAAGAAAAAUGUUUCUCUCCAGAUUAAAAUAAGAAAAGAACUAGACUCAAUUCAAUAAUUUAUAAGAAUCUAUAUAGUGAGUCAUAUAGAUAAUAAGAUAAUUAAUCUGAAAACUACUGA